UGUUUUCCUUUUCAGUAAGUGUGGACAACUGUGCAAGUGUGAGAGCAUCAUGGUAGCAUUCAAAGGAGUCUGGACUCAGCCCUUCUGGAAAGCCGUUUCAGCAGAAUUUUUGGCCAUGUUGAUUUUUGUCCUCCUCAGCCUCGGCUCUACAAUCAAUUGGGGUGGAUCAGAGAAGCCACUGCCCGUAGACAUGGUCCUUAUCUCUCUCUGCUUUGGACUCAGCAUUGCAACCAUGGUGCAGUGCUUUGGACACAUCAGCGGUGGCCACAUCAACCCUGCUGUGACCGUGGCCAUGGUCUGCACAAGAAAGAUCAGCCUCGCCAAGUCGGUCUUCUACAUUCUCGCCCAGUGCCUGGGAGCCAUCGUGGGAGCUGGCAUCCUCUACCUCAUCACACCACCGAGUGUGGUGGGAGGCCUGGGAGUCACUGCGGUACAUGGGGAUCUUUCCGCUGGCCAUGGACUCCUGGUGGAGCUGAUAAUUACAUUCCAGCUGGUUUUUACUAUUUUUGCCAGCUGUGAUUCAAAACGAAGUGAUGUCACUGGUUCAGUAGCUUUAGCAAUUGGAUUUUCUGUUGCGAUUGGACAUUUAUUUGCUAUCAAUUACACUGGUGCCAGUAUGAACCCUGCUCGCUCAUUUGGACCUGCUGUCAUAAUGGGAAAAUGGGAAAACCAAUGGGUUUAUUGGGUAGGACCAAUAAUAGGAGCAGUCCUUGCUGGUGCUCUUUAUGAGUAUGUCUAUUGCCCAGAUGUGGAGCUCAAGCGCCGUUUUAAAGACGUCUUCAGUAAAACUGCGCAGCCAUCCAAAGGGAAAUACAUAGAAGUGGAUGACACCAGGAGCCAUGUAGAGACCGACGACCUGAUCUUGAAGCCUGGCGUUGUCCAUGUGAUUGAUAUUGACAGGAGUGAGGACAAGAAGGGAAGAGAUCCAUCAAGUGAGGUGCUGUCUUCUGUAUGACUAGCAAGGGGCACUGAAAGCAGAGAGCAGCCUGCCAGCGAGUCCACAGAUAUCUUUCCACCUAUUAAAGAAACAGAUCUCCUCUAAACUGAGCAUCUACCAUUUCUUAAAAGGUGUGGUGAAGGCAGCUGUGUGGUAGUAGCGUCAACAAACCAUACAUCUGCUCAGCUGGAAAAUUAGGACUUCAUUAUAAUUAGGAUUCCCCAUGAAUUAUUCCAAAUUAGGAGUUGUUCCUACUAUUUUCCUUUCUUUCUGGAACAACCCCAAAGUCAAAAAGAGAUGAAAGCAUUCUUCUUUAAUAAAUCAGUCAAUAAUGAGACGAAGAUAGAGAUGUUUAACAUUCAGAUUGACAGAUAAGACGUAUCAGGAAAUGCCUAUAGACAUGAAGACCUACUUAUCAGAUUGUUCUUCUGACACUUAAUUGACUGUUGUCAGCUUUGAUUAGAACAUCUUAUCCAUUAAGCAUUCUCUGUGAGGUUCAGGGACAGCACCAACAGUAUUUAAGAGUUUUAUCCAAAGUCAAGCAAAGGAGUAUUGUUUCCACUCACGUAUGUCACUACUACCUUGCAAACUACCUCUGAAAUAAAUGAUAUUUUAAUAGGCUCCAGAAAAAAUUCGAUCAACCCAUCAAAUUUCACUCAUAUGAUUUUCUGUAUAAAUGUAUUACCUACAUCUCUUCCCAGGAGUAAAUAUGCUGAAAUUGAAUGUUGAAGUCUACCGUAAUAAGGCUACAAAGUGUUUAACUGUACUUCAUGCUCACUUCUGACAUUGUCUAUCUGGUGAAACAUUCUCCUGAGGUUUGACUAUUGACCAUUUCUUGUUAGCAGACUCUCAAGGUCAUGCAAAGAAUAUAAAGGCUUUCCUGUUACAUAAUAACUCAAAUAAGACCCAUCAGAAGAAAAGAAGGCAUAUCUGUUUUCAGUGCACUUGUUUAAAUACAGAUUUCUGUGCAAAUUUAUGUAAACUAAAAGUUUAAAUUACUUACCUACUUUCUUACAAGAUGGUAGGAGAUUUGGGGUUUUUAAUUUAUUAGUAAUGUAGAGAGUUUUUAAAUUUUAACUGUAUUGAAACACUGAUUGAGAAGUAUUUUUUAUAACAGAGGAUAAAAACAUGACUGCUUCUGCCUUUUUGUUGUAACUAAUGCCUAACUAGCUGAACAGAAUCCUCUCUUGUUCCACAGCUCACCUAGUCUUAAUUACAUCUCCAGUAAAGUCUGCUUUAUUUGUUGUUAGGAAAAGAUGCAAACACUUGAAGGGUUUUUGAGGGAAGGGGACAUGAAAUCAGUAAUCAGGCUUUCCCCCAUAGAAGUAUUUUGAUAGACAUAAUCAUCUCACUGGAGCAGCUUCUAUAAAGCUGUUACUUACUGCUUUUGCUUCUGAUCAGUGGCUUUGAGUUUUACAACAUGCAGCUGCCAAACAGUCAGGAGCAUUAUGUUAUGACUGUAAUUGUGUAGUUUUUAUUUUGAAAUUGAAAAGCUAUUCCUGCCUACUUAAGAAUAAGAGGGAAAAAAAGCAUUAGUCCUGGCUGUGGGCUGUAAUAGACUUGUCUCCUCUUUGUCAUGCUCUACAUGCAAUCUUUAUUGCAGGGAAUUAGAUGCUUCUAGUGAGAUAAUAAACCACUGCUAAACUCAAAUCUGUGCACUGUGAUCCAAGGACAAUUCUGCUAUUCCAACUCACAGCACUGUAUAGCUCCAGCAUGUCCUGCUGUACUCAUUCUCCUACUUUCACACUUUUCUUGCCUUAAAAACCUUGUUAGAGAGUGGCACAAGCUCCCUGCAUCGAGCGCUAGAGUUGUGAUUCCUCCAACAUUUGCAUUUGGGCCCUGCUCCUGCCUCUGCUGUGCGGGCACAGCACAUGGCAUACAUGGGCUUCCUGGGAUGACCCAGUGACAGCCCUGCUCCUGGCCAGACGUACUCCUGUCAUGUACCUGUGGAGUAUGGUAAAACAGCUGAUGGUUGUCCCUAGCUGUACUCCUCAGGACAUCAUCGUGGUUCAAGGGCAGGAACAUGGCUAGGGACCUGCUGGUAUUUGACCUGCUGUAUCAAAUCAGAGAUAAGAGCCAAGCAAGAGCCAAGGAUCACAGAUAAGAGUUAAGCCACAGCAGGAACUGAGUCUCCAGGGAUGGGCAACAUAGAUGUGGCGUUUGGAAUCCUGUAUGCCUUUUCUCAAAUGGGUAAGUGUCAUCCUAAAUAAAUUCAAUCACAAAGAGUAAAAAUAGUGGGGGGUUUUGUUGGUUUGUUUGUUUUUGUUUCUGUGGUGUUUUUUGUUUUUUUUCUCUAGAUAUUUGUUCUGGUCUUUUUUUUUUUUCUUCAAACACUGUGUUUGUUAAAGGGACAUUUUAAUUAAACCUUCAUGGCUUAAGCAGGUAAAAUGAAGAGCGUUAUAUUCAUAGCACUAGUGGAUUGUUAAAAUUUUUACAUUUUUAUAUUUAAAAGCACUCCUUAGGAACUCAUAAUAUGCAGAUUUUACAUGGUGCUGUAUUAUUUGAAUAAGAAGCUGUGAUUUGCUUUAUGCUUAAGGUCCUUUACACAAAUUGCAUGAUAUUUGUUUUCUUCAUAUAGUCUGAUUCUGCUGCAGAGGUGAGCGUAAUAUGAGCAUGGUACUGGCCAACUCAAUUAGGAAAUUUUUUUCCUUGAAACACAGUUUACUAAUGAAUUGUGACAAACACUCAGAACCAGACCUAGAAGAACUCCUUACUCAACAAGAGUAUUGGAGAUAAGAUGCUGAGGCUCCUGAAAAGAUCAAGAGAAAGAAGAGAAGUUAAAGUAGAGAGACCAUUAGCCAAUAAAGGAUGCUGUCAUGCAUUGGCCAAUUUAGGAAAGUGAGAACUGUUAGGUUUGCUCCUGCUUCCAUGGAAUCAAACUCAUGGAGAAGUUUGUCAUUAGCUGCAAAGAAAAUGAUGCUGAGCUUUUUGGGGAGCUGAUGGCUCCUCUCAUGCACUUCACUGUAGUUUUUCCAAAAUAAGCACUUUUAAGCAAAAUAGUAAAUUAAGGAAGGAGAUACAUUCAACUUGAGGUUUGUGACUCAUCCUAAAGUAAAUCCUUAGGUGUAACUACCACCAAAGCCCAUUGUACCCCACAAAAGGAGAUCAGCAUUCGUGGUGUUCAAGGUAUAUUCAAGUAACAUCACACCUCAGCACCCCUUAGGACUCAGCUUUCUCAGCUUUAAAUUUCAAGGGUAUAUGCUUCUCUACGUUGCUUUGCAGUGGCAUCAUUAUAAAAACAAUAAUUUAACGUUUUGUUAAACAAUAGACUGGCAUCAUCUUCAUAUGGCUUGAAAACACUUAGCAUAUGUAUUGGUUAAUGUUGGUGGAUAUAUAUUGCAGUAAGCUUGACAGGCGUUUCACCAUUAUUCUGGAAAAAAUUGUGGAUGAGUCUCAUACCCCUCCAUGAUGGCACAGGUGUUUCCAACACUGCAUUUGCACAUUAACAAGCAUAUUCAGAAUAUUUAAUCCCCAGACUUCAGAAGAGAAAGGAUGAAAAGCUGAAGGUGGUUACACUGAGGCACACAAAUACCUUUCAGGUUGCCUAAAUCCUGAGGAGUUUAUCAGCCAAAUCCUAACUAUUCUCAUGGGAAAAAAAGAAAAAGAAAGAAAAAAGAUUCCUGCAGCAUUUGAGAGUCAUAACCCUUCUCAUGUUGAAGUACAUGGGAGUUUUUUUAUUCAGUGGAAGCAGGAGCAAGACUCAUCUCAUAUGCAGCAUUUAGGCUUGUCACGUGUAUUUGCACAUGAGUUUUUCAAAAUGUGUUUUAUUUUUAAUUAUUCAUUAUUGGGCAUGGUAGAUGCCUAAAAAGAUAAAUAGCCUUCAGAUAAGGCUUUCACCUUUCUAAUGCUAGUUUACAGCAGUUGCAUCUGAAAUCUGCAACAUUUUAAAGUCUGUGUAACACAUGCUGGAUGUUAUACACCACCCACUAUUUAUAAUCGAAAUAAAAUAGUGAGAAUUUACAUUGUGAAUCUUUCUGUCCAAGGUGAGAGAUGUGAAUGCCACACAUUCUGACUCUCAAAUCAACUUGUGUGUAUUUGAGUUUCUCAAGGACUUACGAAUAGACAUGAUGCAAGUACAGACUGAAUUAUUUGUUAUGUGGUUACUUAUACGAUUUAAAUCAUCCUGAUGCAGUCUUUGUAAUUUAGGACAAACGAGGUAGAGCAAACUAUGUUUGAUGAUUUUUCCACAAUAUUGCUUAAUGUGGAAAUGUUUAGUCACCGUCAUAUCAGAACUAAUGUUAUAGGACUUAAACUUUCCGUGUGUUACAUUUGGAAUAAUCUACUGAAGAAUAUACUAUGAAAUAAUACAUGAUUUUCUGGUUCCCAUUUGUAUUCUACUGUAUCUCACACUUGAAUUGCAAAUAAAUUGUCUGUUCCAAAAAAAGAAAAGGCAUCAUUUGUUCACUGAAAAUAUUCAACAGUCCCAAAGCUCACGACCAAAAUAUAUAGAAAAUAAACAAUCCAGAAAAUAGCAGAUCUGAGGAGUUUGGAAGUGUGCGCUUACUUAGACGUACUGCAGAAGUUGUAUAUCAGGAAAGAGAUGUGAUUGCAAAAGAUGUAAUAUCUUCAUGGAAAAAAACAAAACCAAGUAGAGCAAAAGUUAUGCCACUGCACUCAACCCUGAUUUUUCUGGAUGGGUUUAAAACGCAUUUAGAAUAGUGGGAAGCUAAAAUUUUAUAUAAGUGAUAGAACGGAUGCAGGCAUUUCAGAGUCCUUUUGCUGAUGCUGAGCUGUGAGACCCAGCUCCCAUGGAAAAUUUCAGCAACAAAAUUGGCUCUAGUAGCAAAAAUAUUUUUUGAUGCCUGGCUCCUUACUUGGAAUGCAAAGCUUAGCUCCUAAAACAUGCAUGACAAUCAGGCAAGUGGGGAUGUAGCUGUAUCUGGGGUUAGGAUGCAGGAAGGUCCUGGGAGGUACAGGAAAGCAGCAGGGCGGCAAGGGAGAGUUCUAUAGUUAGCUCUUACUAGCACUGUGGUGUCACUUAUGCGAUAAGGACAUGGUCAUAUGAGGACAUGCACACACUGGAGACACAGAACAGGAGAAAUUGCAGCACAGCAGGAGGGUGAUGUCCUCAUCCUAAGCUCCAACAGUGACACCCGCUUCAGCUGUAACAAUUGCAAACUGUGGCUCAAUUGUCUUCUUAAAAAGAGAACUGAGGGUGUAAAUACUCCCAAUAUCAGCUUCCUCUUGAACCCUCCUUUGGGUUUAGACUCCUUUAUUUGUCAUAGAUUGUGAUAUAUUGUAAGCUUUAUAACUUCAUUUAUAUCAGACUGAUGGUUCUUAUCUUGGCUAUUAAUUCCUUUUGACCUCUCUUACCUCAUUAGAAAAACAAUCCUUACAACUACAAAGACUGUGGAAUAAUCUAUCUAACAGAGCUAUCUCAAGGUUCUUUUGAAAGGCAAAGGGAACUUAUACAGUUUGUCAUGCCUGGCGAAGAGUUCCCAGCCACUCACCACAGCAAUGGUCUUCCUCUGAUGUUUCAUCUCUACUUCCCUUUUGAUAGGAAUUUUCCUAAAACAAAACUCAUGGUUUGUAUAAAUGUCCAUAUUGGUAUACUCUGUGCUGUGUGCAUGUGUAUCUGAAAGUGAGCUGCACAAAAAUGAGCAACAGGAUUUACUCCUGGGAAGGGACAAGAUUGGUAGGUAAACCUUUGGGAAAUUGGGAGAUUGGCUGCCACUUGAGAUUGCUGCAUGACCCACUGAGAUUCCAGCAUCUCAUUUAUUUCCACUUAUGUCUGAGCCAUUUGGAUUUCAGCCUGGAAUGCUGUUAGGACCAUCCCCUACUGACAUGAAACUCAAUUGGGUUCUGCUGCUCUUCCUCACAAGGAUCAGAUCAUUUGCCAUGAGUUUUUUUCUUUCCACACACGAGCUAUGCAAAUGUUGCUUGCCUUACACAUUUUGGAACCUUCUAGCAUUAGAAAUAUUUUGUCAUUAUCCGACUGUACUUUAGGUUAGCUUCAUUUCUUCUGGGGAGAUUAUUGCCUUACUUAGGAAUUGCAGAGCCCACACCAUUGGGGAUGCAUUUGUUUUCUCAAAAUUUCCUUUGAUAAUGGUUUGAUUUAGCUUGGUUUGGUUUGGUUUGGUUCCCUGCCUUCCCAGAAAGAUAGACUCAUUGGAGAUGUAGCGAGACAUUUUAGUUUCCCAAGCAUACAUACUUCCCCGAGCUUCAAGAGGAUGCUGCCACUCCUUGCCACUUUACCCUUACGGCCAAGCAGCAGCAGAGAUGUCCUAAGGGGCACUUCUCAUUUGCCUUGACUUGCCAGAGCUCCACAGCAUUCAGGAUAAAUCCUGCCUUCUCUUCACAGAAAAGGCAAAGUCAUUUUGCACCAGUUGAACCCAGCCUUAGAGAACUGCAGUAAAUAGGGAUCCAGCAAGGAAGUAAUCAGUUUUGAAAGACUGGAGCUUAUAGCAAGUCCCUGGGCUCUGAUUAGAAAGAAAAACAUCAAUAGGAAAACUGGAACAAUAGUAGAUUGGCCUUGUAAGUUCUGAACAUAUGCAUAUGAAUAUCCAGUAAGAAAAAGCUUAAUGCUUUAUGAUUAAACAUGACAGGGUAGGGACAAAAUGAACUCUGGAGAUCAGGAAGAUGUACAUAGAUGUUGGACUCUGCUGCUGCUUGCCCACAGAUAUAGCUCCAGAGGAACAGCUGCAUAGCAUCUUCAGAGCUGAGUCAGACCAGCUGUACAGGCGAGGAUGCACACAAACACAAAUGUUUCAGACACAGCCUUUUUUGUUUUUUGCCUUUCUUCCACAGCUGCCCAGCUCAGUUCAGAUUUACUGGAGGCAAACACCACUAGGGCAUAGAUGCAGAAGAUUCUGUGGCCUGAAGACUAAAAUGUGAGAAGAAAGCUUUGUGUCCUCCAACCUCAGCUUGAAAAAGCCCAGCAAAUACCACUGAGUUCAAAAAGUUCAUCUGGAUCCCUCAACGUCCUCAUCAUGCUAUACUUACAAUCGUUCUCCUUAGGUUAAUUUACCACUGUGUAAAUUAACAUCCCCCAGCUCUGUUCACCAUUGACCUUUCUAAGUUAGAAUAUAAUUCCUUUCAUUGAGUGUGGCUGAAGAACAUCUGAAGUUUUUGUACAGCAGCUAUUGCUAUUGCGCCUGAGUGUUGAAGAGAAUAUCAAAUUGAAAUGAUUUUUUUCUCUCCCCUGUCAGAAAAAAUCACUCAUCUGUUUGUAUUUGUGUGGGAGUUCGGUCUUUUUCCAUCUUGUACAUCUCUGUUCCUUUCCAUGCUUUAUUUUAUCUUUUCUACAUGUUGAAUCCUCAAACAUUUUAGGAGUUAAGUAGAAUACUUCAUUUUCUCAUUAAGAGAGGCCUUUUGCUGUCCUUUUUUUCAUUUUUUUCUUUGUCAAAGAAUGAAAAUUGAGGAUGCUAUAACUUUUCUGGCUGUCUGAGAUCUUUGUUCUGCAGGAUCUGAUGGCAUUCUCUACCACAUUAUCUCCAUUUGUCUAUAUUACCUGCAUAGACAGAAAUACCUUCGUUGAACCCGUAUGCCCAUGGAAUAUACUGAGGUUUUACAGUGAAGAUAUGCAUUUCUCAUUCAUAUUUUCCUUCUUUGU